AUGGCUUCUGUAACAGAAGAGACCAAUCAACAACUUAAACAAGGGAUGCGGAUCUGUGAUUGUUCGAACUGCCGCCCAGAGGAAGCUGAGGCUCUGUGGCUUGCCCAACCCGCUCUCACUUCUGCCAACUUUGACGAAGCCUUGUCAAUGGACAAAGCCAGCCUUAUUGCUCUUGUUGCAGCGCUCCCUGCAGCGGCAAUCCCUCCCCGGCCGGAACCACGCCCAGUGUCUUUCACAUGUGGAAAAAAUGACACCAUCAAGUCCUCGAAGUCACUCAAAGCACUCGCCGACCGGUUCUACAAAAACUUUACCUCUUUUUUUCGCAAAGUCAUGAUUUGGCCUUCCAAUCUGGGACCAGAUGACUACUUCGGACGCGAUUUAGCCUGGGACCUCGUCAAAAACAUCGACUUAUUCACACAGCCCAGCGACUUCGCGGCCGUACUUGCGAGUGAGUCCUUGGUUGGCCAAUUCGAUUGUUUGUUUUCAACUUUCCUGCAGUGGAAAGUUGAUUAUGAUACCCACGCGGCGUUUACAGAAGCUAUUGCCCGCCGAAAAGCCGCCAUGCGAACAACUCAUACAAAAACGGUGCAAUCGGUCAAGGGUGCUCUACUUGGCAAAACGCGCCAAGAUGCCAAGAAGAAAGCAAAGGUGGCUCAGCGCGAAAGUCAGAAACAGCAGGUCGCUAUGAAAAAGGCUGCGUGUGAAGCUCUACGCUCACAGGUCGCAAAGGCCAAUGUGGGAUCAUUGGCAGGUUCAAGUCAAGCGACUCUAAACGCAAAGACACAGGCUGGCCGCCCAUCGAUUGCCAUGUUGGCUCAAAGUGCCCAACGCGGGCACCAGACUCAGUCAUCUGCUCACAGCACUGCCCAAGCUCAAACGUGUCCCAAUGUGGGUAAGCGAACGGCAGAUGAUCCACCUACUAUGGUGGAUCCGAAAAGACAGAUGUCUCUGAAUUACUGUGACCUAACCGCCAAAUAUUCACCACCUGAUCCGGAGGGCGCGCGGCGCAACACUUACCCAGGUUCCCUUCGGCGUACCUCAGGAACGCCAGCAUGGUUGGGGUGGUUAUUGCGUGAAGGUUUGACUGGUAAACUAUCUUGUGACCUGAUUGCCAUUUGA